GCUCGCGGGUGCUGCUCUGAAACAACUCGACCUCGUGAAUUUGCCAUCGACCUUGGCCGCUCAUCUCCGCUCCAUGGCUCUGGCGGUUAUACUCCUUCGAGCGGGUCUAGGCCUGGAUCUAAGUGUGCUUAAGGCGCUCAGCGCAGCUUGCAUCCGGUUGACGUUCUUGCCGUGCUUCGCCGAGGCCGCCUCGAUCUGUGUGGUGUCCCAUUUGGUGCUCGGCCUCCCGUACACAUGGGGGCUCCUUCUCGGAUUCGUGCUGGCUGCAGUCUCGCCGGCGGUUGUUGUUCCGGCGAUGAUCGAUCUGACGAACAGGAAACUCGGUACCGAUAAGGGAAUACCGACAUUGUUGAUGGCAGCCUCUUCAUUCGACGACGUGGCGGCGAUCACGGGCUUCGGAGUUGUUCUGGGAACGAUUUUCUCCGGAGGCACUUCCUUAGCGCUCACCUUAGCUUCCGGACCGCUCGAAGCUAUCGCGGGUCUCCUCAUCGGAGGCCUCCUCGGAGUUCUCCUAGCUACGAUGUUCAGGGCAAACAGACGUGGGGAAGAUCAGUUCGAUUUGGCGUGCGCUCUCCACCUCGUGAUUCAGGGAAUUAUGGCAGUUUUCAUUUCGAACAGACUUAAUUUCGGCGGGGUUGGGCCUCUCACCGCUAUAACAGCUUCGGCUGUAGCAGUGAUCGUAUGGAAGAAACAGGGAAAGACUUCUGACCCGGAUUCAAUCGCUCAGACCAAGACCUGCAGUUCUGUGCUCGCGAGUUUCUGGCUCGUCUUCGAACCUGUGUUGUUCUCGUUGAUCGGUAUGGAGAUACAAUUAAACAGACUGAAGCCGGCGACAGUGACAGGAGGGUUACUCACGCUGGCUAUUUGUCUCACCAUCCGAGUUAUUGUUACCUUCUUUGCCGUGGGCCAUUCGACGUUGAAUGUUAAGGAACGGAUAUUCGUCUGCGUGGGAUGGUUGCCCAAGGCCACCGUUCAGGCCGCUCUGGCUCCGACGGCUAUGGACAUGGUUCGGAGAUGGACUGCACAAGGAAAACCCCUAGAGAAAAUGGCUCUCCACUACAGCGAGACAGUUCUGACGGUCAGUGUGAUAGCCAUUAUGGUAACCGCCCCCAUCGGAGCAGUGGCCAUCUCGGUUCUUGCGCCUCGACUUCUCAGAGUGGAAAAGACAAAUCCAGAUGAGGGAACCGAGUGCAGCAUCUCGUUGAAAGAUGACGAUGGAGGCCUCGAGGAACGAAGUUGAUAUGUCUCGAUGACAGGAGCUGUACAAUAUUGAGGGUCGGUGAGGAUUUUGCGUUCGAAUCACCGAAGGCUCUUCUAGUCGGGGUAAUGAUCAAGUGCUGGGAGGUUUGUUCGAUCGACGGAGCCGAAGGGAAUAUCUCUUCCUUUCCAUUUCGUAAAUCUCCA